AUGGCCACCAAUGCUGUGAGUGCCUCACAAAACAAGCUUAACGAGCUUUUAGAUGGUAUUCGUCAGGAAUUCGGACAGAUUUCUCAAGAAGCCAAUUCGUACCGUUUGCAAAACCAAAAGGACUAUGAUUUCAAAAUCAAUCAGCAAUUGGCAGAAAUGCAGCAGAUUCGCAACACGGUGUAUGAAUUAGAGCUUACUCACCGGAAAAUGAAGGAUGCAUAUGAGGAAGAAAUCGGACGGUUGAAAUUGGAACUCGACCAGAGGGAUCGUCAGGUGGCUUCCCUAGCUGCUGCUGCUCAACAACAACAGCAUCAGGCUCAACAUGCUCAACAAGCUCAACAGGUGCAACAAAUCCAGCAGGCGCAGCAGGCCCAACAAGCCCAGCAAGCCCAGCAAGUCCAGCAAGUCCAGCAAGUCCAGCAAGUCCAGCAGGCCCAGCAGGCCCAGCAGGCCCAGCAGGCCCAGCAACAGCAGCAACAGCAACAGCAACAACAGCAACAACAGCAACAACAGCAACAACAGCAGCAACAGCAGCAACAGCAGCAACAGCAACCACCACCCCCACCACAGCAGCACCAUAACACUUCCAAUGGCGUUACAAGCGCUAUUCCCGCUUCGUCCAAGCCAAUUCUGAACUCUCAAGCUGACCAAGCAUCACCCAUCCCCCCACUGAACUCUGCUCCAAGUGUUACAACGACUAGUAUAACUGGAGCCAGAAGCCCUGCAGAUGCCUCUCAAGCUGGUUCAGCGGCUAUAGCACCACAGAUGAAAAAGCUAGCCUCCACCAAGUCAGCUUCAGGGGCUCCAAAUGUGUCUGUUCCAGAGACAACAAACAUUAGUGCCAAUGCGGGUGUUCCAGGCCAGCCUCCUGUCUCUAACCCAGCUUCCCUCCCCUCACAAACCGCACCCUCUGUCUCUGCCAAUCAAGGUUUGAGUCAAUCGACGGUACCAUCAAUGGCGAACAAUGCGACUGCUACAUUAUCUGAAACUACUCCACAGGAACAUUAUUUGGUUCCUCCACAUCAGCGCAGCUCGCACGCGAAACCAAUUCCGCCUUUUCUUCUAGAUCUGGACUCACAGCUCGUUCCGCAACAUUUGAAGAAGCAAACGAAUGAUUACUACGUCCUUUAUAACCCUGCAUUACCCCAGGACUUAGAAGUCGAUCUUCAUGCUUCCUUAGAUCACUCGUCGGUGGUCUGCUGUGUACGAUUCAGCAAUGAUGGUGAAUUUUUAGCUACCGGUUGCAAUAAGACUACACAAGUUUACAGAGUUUCUACCGGUGAAUUAGUUGCCAGAUUAUCCGAGGAUACGGCUUCACUAUCCGUUGGGGCAAGUGGCCCUCCAACAGAAGGUUCUGAUGCUGCUGUCGCAGUAUCGUCUUCCGCUUCUUCGGAUCUUUAUAUUAGAUCUGUUUGCUUCUCACCAGAUGGAAAAUUUCUUGCCACUGGUGCAGAGGAUAAGUUGAUUCGUAUUUGGGAUUUGACAACAAAAAAAAUCGUCAUGACUCUUCAGGGGCACGAACAAGACAUUUAUUCGUUGGAUUAUUUUCCUUCUGGUGAUAAACUAGUUUCGGGUUCUGGUGACAGAACAGUGAGAAUCUGGGAUCUUCGUUCUGGGCAGUGCUCAUUAACGCUAUCAAUCGAAGACGGGGUCACGACCGUUGCCGUAUCACCUAGUGAUGGCAAACUAAUUGCCGCUGGAUCUCUAGACAAGACUGUUCGUAUUUGGGAUUCAGAAACUGGUUUUCUUGUCGAGAGACUUGACUCUGAGAACGAAUUAGGAACCGGUCAUAAAGACUCCGUUUAUAGUGUUGUUUUCACGAGAGACGGCCACGGCGUUGUAUCGGGAUCACUGGAUAGAUCUGUGAAGCUCUGGAAUCUGCGGAGUACCAAUGGCGGCGCUGUCGACGGUAAAUCUAGCUCGGCUUCGAGCGAAGUAACUUACACGGGACACAAAGAUUUUGUUCUUUCAGUUGCAACUACACAAAAUGAUGAGUACAUACUCUCAGGAUCAAAGGACCGCGGCGUUUUGUUUUGGGAUACGACCUCAGGUAACCCGUUGUUAAUGUUACAAGGUCAUAGAAACUCGGUGAUUUCUGUUGCAGUUGCCAACGAUCAUCCAUUAGGUCCUGAAUUUGGCGUAUUCGCUACAGGUAGCGGCGAUUGUAAGGCAAGGAUUUGGAAAUAUACUAAAAGGGGCUCAAAUUCUGAACCAAAGAUCAAAGAGAUCAAAGAGUAA